AUGGCCCACAGUAGUUUAGGAUUGCUGGCGGGUGGUUCAGACCUCAAACAACGCCUCUCAAAGGCCUUGCUUGACGUCUCAGGGACGCUCGCUUCUGUGAAGAGCGGAGCCUUAGUGCAGGUGUGGAUGCCGGAACAUACUCAUGACGGCACCAUCGUCCUCAGCUGUCAGGGUCUUCCUUUUGCUGUUGCCGGCGUCGGCGACCUCUUGGCUCUGUUCCGCUGCGUCUCAGUGCGGUACCGGUUCUCAACCGACGUAAUGAAGCCCACCCUUAUGGGCGCCAUCGGCCGGGUGUACUCCACCCUGGAGCCCGAAAUGUCCCACAAUGUACAGAAGUACGAUAAGCAGGUCUACCUACGGGUCAGCGAAGCGCAGCGAUGCCGGGUGCACUCUACGCUCAUGGUCCCCGUAUUUGGGUCGGACUCGCGCGACACUCCUUUGGCCGUGUUCGAGCUUGUCCAGGGCGACAAGGACGUCACGUUUCCAGCGGUGCUGUCUCACCUGACUGCAUCUCUCCAGAACGUGCACCUGUUCACAACGGAUCUGGAGACGGCGGCCAUCGCCGCGGGCCUGCGGAAAUGGCCUAUGCACAUCGACAUGAUGCCCUCUGCCGAGCACGACAGUGCGGGCGUGGGGCGGCUGUCACCUAGCCGCGACGAGCCGCGGCUCAUGAGCAACUUUCAGAAUAUGCAAGCGGGUGCGGAGGAGAAGGAGCAGGCGGCAUCGUCGAACGUUGUCUCAACAGAGGAAAAGCAGUCUCCGAACGCUUCAAAAGGCGACGAGGCGGGGAGCAGGGCUUGCGAGUGGACCUCCCAGAGCGGCGCUGCCCGGUUGUCAGUUGGGAACCCUAUAGGGCAAACGUGCCCUGCAGGGCAGGCCCCAAGCAGCGGGCUGAUGGCGACCUCGGGUUCAGGGGCCUCGAGAUUGAUGGCUGGGCCAGCGCCGGCGGCGCCGGCAACUAUGGGGCCUACACUCGGGAUCUGCUCGAACAGCGGCGCCGCUGUCGGAAAGCCGGAGGCAGUUGCCGCUCAGGGCUUUGAGGUGUCAACAGCUGACGGCGUUGGCGCCCGACGGCAGUCCGGCACGGGCCCCAUGGAAGCCAGCAACGCGCAGCAAUUUAUGUCCUGGCUCGCGCAGCAGAACGCGACCGGGAACAAUGCAUUGGGCCAGUUGCGCACGUUACUCGAGCAGCAGCAGCAGCGCAGCAAGGCGGAGCAGUCUGGAGGGAAUUUGCUUGGGCAGCAAACGGCUAGCGGAACACAGCCGCAGUCCAUGGAUGCCCUGGCAGCGUCUAUGGGGGCCUCGCUUGGCAUGGUGCCGCCAAACAUGGCGGCGUCGCCGACCAAAGGCUCCGUUAUGCAGCAACACGCUGCAUUUGACAUGGCUGCUGCGACCGCCGCGACCACGGCAGCCGCCACGACGACGACAACAUCCGAUAAGCAGGGCAACAAGCUGACGCGUAGCGGCUCCGUCCAACGCACGCUGGGUGCCGCGGCGGAUGCUGAUGACGGAGACGGCGAGGACAUCAGCAGCGGCGGCGAGGACGACGAUUCCGACGAUGAGCGACCAGGGGGCCACCGCAACAACAACCGUGUUGGCGGAGGCGCUGGCAAGCGCCUCCGCUUCGAGGACUUGCAGGCCCAGUUUGGAUUGGGCCUUAAGGAGGCUGCAAACAACCUGGGGAUUUGCGCAACCACGCUGAAACGCGCGUGCCGGCGCAACGGGAUCAAGCGUUGGCCACGACGGCAGAUCGCCAAACUGAGCAAAGCACUCAACCAGAUGGGUUAUAACGGUGCGCCGCCGCCGGGGCUAGUGCAAAACGCGGUGGUAUCCGCCGGCGCGUCGUCUGGGCAGGCAGCCGUCAAGCCUAAGCCAGCGAAGAAGCCGGAUGCCGCGGCGUUGCAGCAGGCGACCCAGCUGCUGUUCCAGCACCAGCUCGGCGCAGCAGCAGCAGCCGCGGCAGCCGCCGGCGGGGGCGGCAUGUUUACAAACUUGUCCACGGCGGGUAUGGUGGUGGGCGGGCAGCUCCAAGGUAUCCCACAAGGGCUCCACGGCAUGUACGGCGUUGCGGGCCAGCCCGCCCAACAGCAGCACCAGCCGCCCCCACAGCAAGCGGGCAUGUUCUCGGGCCCAUUUAUGGGGCCUAUGGGAGCAAUCAUGGCUCAGCACGGUGGCAAUGUACCGUCUGGCGUGUUGGGCCAGGGUCCUCAGGCUCUGCUGGGUGCAAUGGGCGGUAUUGGCGGUGGGUUGGGCGCUGCCAUUCAGAUGCCGGUCAUGGGAUCGUUGGGUGGCCUGCAGGGGAGCGCGAUGGGCCCCAUGCAGACAGCGGCGCUAGGGUUGCAGCUGCAAGGCGCCGGUGGGUUGCAGCUCCAAGGUGCGGGCUCGACGGGAAUGCCCGUGCAUGGUCACACGGGCAUGUUACACCCAUUGCUCGCCGGGGGGAGUUUUAACAUGCACCAAGCCCUGCAGCAGCAACAGCAAUUCCAGCAGCAGCUACAGGCGGCCCACCAUCAGCAGCAGCAACAGCAGCAGACCUCAAGCUUGCUGCAGCAGCAGCAUGCGGUCUUGCAGCAGCAGAUGCAGAUUCAGCAGCAAGUGCAGCAGCAGCAGCAGCAACAACAACAACAGCAACAGCAGCUUGGGCCCGUGGCAUUGCAGCAGAUGGGCAAGCCUGAUGCGGUGAGUUGGCUGGUGCAGGCACAGGCGCAGGCAGCACCGCAGGCGUCCUUGGCAGCCAACGGCAUGACGACGGCCAGCUCUGCGAUGGACAUUAGCGCGCCGCGUAUUUCCUGUGGUGAAGCGCAUUCACCCUUCAGCGCACUGGGCAUGUCGCCGGCAAUGAGCGGGGGCAACACCGAGCUGUGUGGACUUGCCGAGAUACCUGAGGACUUCAUACAGAAUUUGAACAGCGGAGGAGUCAGCCAGUUUGGGCAGCUGCUCAAAAGCGGCACACUAGGGGUUGGUACCAUGGAGCUGAUGGACCUUUUGGGGGAUGACAUUGCCGCGCGGUAGAGGGUGCGGUCUAAGGGCUGCAGCGUGGCCAGUUGCAACCUCAUGAACUCGCUUCGCGGACUAAUCCGGCAUGCUCGCAUGUUUACAGCGCGGAAAUGUUACGUCUGGAUUGGCUAUAUGGUUCCAAUGGAGUGGAUUUCCAAGAUUGACCGACGCAGGAACGCUUUUAUCGCGUGUGGGAUGCUUGUUCGUUAUGUGUUGAUAUAUUGCGGGUAUGAAG